CUCAAGCACAGAAAUUAUAUUUAUCCCUCCCCGUGCCAAGGCGAUCACAUGCCCCGUGAGUCACUCCAGAUGUGCUCAAAAACAGAGGCGCCCUGUGGAAGCCCAGUCCCCCAAUCCCGGAGAGAGUCAGAUUGACACGGGUCCCGGCUCCUGUCUGCCAACCAGCCACCCCCGCUCCCCCCGCCCCCACAGUCCCUCUGCUCAGAGGCGGGAGCGGGCAUCCCGCCCUGGACCGACCAACAGUGUUCAGAGCCAGAUCACUGCAGUCGAAGGGCCAGUCCGGACAUACCUGGCCUCCCGGGUCCCCCUGGGCCUGCGGGUGACUGCGCCUUCUCUCCCGGGCCAGGAUGCGGUGGAAGGCGCUGCUGCUGCUGCUGCUGUGUUCCCACGCUCCGGUGACCGCGGCCCACAGGUGGAACCGGGCUGUGCUGUUCCCUGCUGCCCAGCGGCCGAAGAGAGCCUCAGCGGUGCCCUUGAACCCAGUCCUGCAGACCUCCCUGGAGGAAGUGGAGCUGCUCUAUGAGUUCCUGCUGGCCCAGCUGGACAUCAGCCCCGACCUGGAGAUCUCCAUCAAGGACGAGGAGCUGGCGUCGCUGCGCAGGGCGGGGACGUUCCGCACCGUCUGCAACAACGUGAUCCCCAAGCGCAUCCCCGACAUCCGCCGGCUGAGCGCCGCCCUGGACCAGCGCGCCGGCGUCCUCAGCAGAGAGGACUUCGAGAGGACCGCGCUGACCCUGGCCUACGCCGCCUACCGCACGGCCCUGUCGCAGGGCCACCAGAGGGACGUGUGGGCCCAGGCCCUGCAGAGCCUCUUCCAGGCCCUCCGGCAGGACCUUUUGCGCUCCUCCUCGGGGGUUGUCAGGGACUGGCCGGCUCCAGGCGGUCUGCACGGGGACGCACACGCGCGUCACCCGGACGGUCACCAUGCCCUCGCCUCGGACCCAGAUCCCUAGCGGGACACUCCCCUCGACGCCAAGAGACGGAAAGCAGACACAAGGCAGUCGGAAGCUCUGCGCCUGCCCCUUGCAGCUCUCUGAUCAGGCACCUUCGGGUGCCCUCCUAAUGCGACCUGGGCGGGAAUUUCCAGGAGCGACUGGCAGGGAAAUUCCAGAUGCUUCCAGGGGCUGCAUGGUUUGCUCGCAGAAGUCUGACACAGGCUUUGACAGUUUGCACACACACACACACACACCCAAGAAUGGGGAGAGAGGGGCGGGGAGACGGUUCAAAGGGCUGGCGCUCAUGCUGCGUGAGAAGCAUCCCUGGGUCCUGAGCACCCCCGGGAGGAAACCCUGAGCGCUGAGCCAGGGGAGCUUCUGAGCAACUGCCAGGUGGGACCCGCUCUCCAAACAAAACAAAACCAAAGAAUGGGAUAGGGCUCCGGGGAAUCUGGAGAGGGGCAGAGAAUGGUGGGGACACGGAGUUUGACAGAGCCCUGUGAUCCUAAAGGAUGGAGUGCAGGUCCGAAUGAAAUUUCUCUUACGGUCCUAGAGUACGGUAGAAAGAACCGAGGCUGGGGAGAUUGUACAGUGAGUAGGGUACUUGCCUUGCACACAGCCAAGCCCAGUUUUGAUUCCCCACAUCACGCAGGGUCUCCCAAGCACUGCCAGAAAUGAUCCCUGAGCACAGAUCCAGGAGUCAGCCCUGAGCACAGUCCAAUAUGACCCCCCCCCCCAAAGCAAGCAAACAAGAGGAAGCAAGCAAGCAGACCUAGAGGAAUAGCCAGACAAGUGCCUUGUCAGUCGGAAAUGCUUCUCAACUUUUCUAAGAGCUGCUGAGAAGAAUCCACUUGAAAAUCAAUAACGCUAGGACCUAGAUGCCUUGACUCUUGUUCAGGAUGAUAAAAUACAGAGAACCAGAAUGGCGGGGGCGGGGGGAAGGAGGAGGACCCCAGACAUGCAGCAAACCUUGUCUCCUGAAGAGAGAAACCAGGCUAACAUGGAGAGGGUCAACCUAAGGCAGGAGAUGCCCCACCUACACCAGCCUGCCCCCGGCUGAAUUCUCCAGCACCGACAGAAAAGUGCUCCCAAUAAAACCAGUUCUCAGAAGGCAGAAGUGUGUACUUUCAAACUUUUUGUUUUCGAUACAUUGGCUUGAUAUCUUUCUAGCAACGCAUACAUGUCUUGGGCUUGUUUUUGAAGAGAGAAUAUAUUUUAAUAUUCAUAUCUUAAGAUAAUAAUUUGAGGGGCUGGAGUGAUAUGAUAGUAUAAUGAGAGUGCUUGCCUUGCAUGCAACCAACCCAGGUCUGAGCCCUGGCAUCCCAUAUGAUCCCCUGAGCCCACCAGGAGUGAUCUCCGAGCACAGAGCCAGAGGCCAUCCCUGAGCACUGCUGGGUGUAUCCCUCCCCUGCACCAAAAAAAAUUUUUUUAAGAUAAUUUGAGACACCUGAAUUAAG